UGAUUAGGGCAAAACCCCGAACAAAUUAUCUCCCUUCAUCUCUCUCACUCUCAAACACACAGACACGCACCGGAGACGCGAAUUUGAGCCCCAGGCCGGAAGAUUUUCUCCACCACUACCGCCACCAUGGCCGGCGCGGCGCCGUACGACUCCGAGCAAUCCGCACAUGGCGACUCCGCCUCCGGCUACGACCCGAACUACGUGCCGGACUCCGUGAAGUCGUUUGUGGUGCACAUGUACCGCCACAUACGGGAGAAGAACGUCUACGAGAUCCACCAGAUGUACGAGACUUCGUUCCAGAGCAUCAGCGAUAGGUUCUUCAAGGACGCGCCGUGGCCGUCCGUCGACGCCGUCGCCACCUAUGUCGACAACGACCACGUCUUCUGCUUGCUCUACCGCGAGAUGUGGUUCCGCCACCUCUACGCCCGCCUUUCGCCCACGCUUAAGCAGCGGAUUGAUUCGUGGGAUAAUUAUUGCAAUCUCUUUCAGGUUGUAUUGCAUGGAGUGGUGAAUAUGCAACUGCCAAAUCAAUGGUUGUGGGAUAUGGUUGAUGAAUUUGUGUACCAGUUUCAGUCAUUCUGUCAGUAUCGUGCCAAGAUGAAGAACAAAACUGAGCAGGAGAUUGCACUUCUGCGCCAGUAUGAUCAGGCAUGGAAUGUGUACGGUGUCCUCAAUUAUUUACAAGCACUUGUGGAGAAGUCUUCAAUCAUUCAAAUUCUGGAACAGGAGAAGGAAGGUCUUGUACAGUUUACUGCUACAGAUGGAUAUGAUUAUAGUGGUGGAAGUAAUGUGUUGAAGGUGUUGGGGUACUUUAGUAUGAUAGGCCUGCUUAGAGUUCACUGUUUGUUGGGUGAUUAUCACACUGGCCUGAAGUGCAUACUUCCUAUUGACAUAAGUCAGCAAGGCGUCUACACUAGUGUUAUUGGAAGCCACAUAACUACAAUCUAUCAUUAUGGAUUUGCAAAUCUCAUGCUUCGGAGGUGGGUUUAGCUAAUUUUAUCACUC